GUUUGCCGGGCGUUGAGUUACAGAAGUCGGUUCGCGCUCACGCUCAAGCCAAACACCACACAACAGAGCGCGACCCCAUAUGGAAGGCGUUCUGCUUGCUCUUUGCCACUGCUGGACUGACUGUCUGCACCACUCAUAUCUGGCUUGUUCCUCUCCAGCGCAACUCCCCAUUCAUAUACCAUGAGCCUCCCUCCAAAGCCUGAUUUCUCCCCCUCUCGCUACCCGCCAGACUACCGUGGCUAUGACCGCCCACCGCCACCCCCGCCCGGUGAUCGGUACCGCUCCGAACGAGAAGUCUACCCUCCUCGCUCUCCACCACGGUCGCGCUACCCAGCGGACUCGUACGUGGCCUCGAGACCAGUCGACACGUACAGGGCGCCUAGAACAAGCAAAGACUCAUACGUCGCAGCAUACGACCGCCGCGAAGACGACCGCGACCGCGUGCACAGAGAGUACUGGGAGCGUGAGCGCACUAGGGAAUGGCGAGAGCGUGGAUACCCUCCGCCCUCGCAUGUAGAUCCAAGGUACGCAGAUGCUGGGAGGAGCAAGGAUGAGUGGGACAGGGCACGCAAGCAUGAUACGAGGGACCGGGAACGGAGGCCAGACGAGCGGAGAGGGUAUGAGAGGGAGUGGGAGCGUAGGGAACUCACGCCUCCGCCCCGGACUCGCAGGCCGCGCCCUAGGGAGCGCUCACGAGAAAGAGGAGACCCUAAGGACAGAGUAUGGCUUCCGCGACAGUCCAAGUCGCCGCCGCGUCGCAUGGCUCGACCUCGGUCGCCUUCUCCAGGACUUUCAAAUCGACGCUCACGGUCUCCGCCGCCAAGUCGUCGACAUUCUCCUCGCUCGCUGAGUCCUGUACGGCGUCGUUCACGUUCACGCUCUCGUAGCCCUGUCCGUCGCCGCCGCUCUCGUAGUCCGCCGAGACGAUCUUCUCCGCCAACUCGACGGCUCUCGCGGUCGCCAUCAUCUUCACCACCACGGAACCGCUCACCAACUGUAACGCCGCCUCCUGCGCGCCGCUCGCCUACCCCUGCGCGCCGCUCGCCUUCACCCAUGCCUGCACGAGAAAAGCCAUCUCCCGUAGAAAUGAGAAGCAGGCAAGUGUCCGCAGGUCCGUCUGCACGAGCAACCCCCAUAAGGCGCAGGACACCAUCUCCAGAGCCACGGAUCGAAGCCCCAGUUCCGACUGCACAAGCGAAAGGCAAAAUGCGAGAGACUUCGCACGAUACCGACAGGGAUGGUGACGUAAAGAUGCACGAACCCAUGCCUUUGCCCAUGCCAGCAGCGCCGGUGUCGAGAGAGCCUGCGCCUCAUUCUGAACGACGACGGUCGCGCUCCCCACCUGUGGCGCCUCGAAACUACGCGCCUACGCCUCCGACGCCCUCUUCGCCCUAUCCAAACUCUGGAUUGCCGGCCAAACCUACCUUCCUGCGCCGCCCGACGAGGCAAGUCGAGACGCCGACGGUGGAAAGCCCCUCAAGCACUAGCAAGCCAGCUCUGCCCACGCACCCGAAACCUAGGCCGAGAGAGCAUGAGGAUCCGGAAAUUAGGAGUCUGAACAUCGGGAUCGCACAGGCUAACGCACAACGCCGGAAGGCUGCCAACGAAUACGCGGAGCGCUCGCUUGCUACGCAGCGCGUGAUGCGUGAGCUCGAAGUCAUGAGUCUCGAUUUGCGAGCGGCGGAGAUGCGGAGAAUCGUUGCGGAUGACCAGCUGGAGCGGGCGAAGGCUGGAGUACUUGGGAUAGAUUACAACGGCGUGCCUACUGAACUGCCGACGCAGGUGCAGUAAUGGGAUGUUCGCGGCUGUCUGGGGAAAAGGAAUGUCCGAUGAGGGCUUGAGUGGAUUGCUUCGGUAUUACAAGAGACUAUGAUUUAGGUAUGGGUCUGCAUUCCAUGUGUGUCCGGCCUGGCUCCAUGGGCAGAGCACAGAAGAAACCUUGUGCCUAGAGGAGGGAUGCGUCUGUAGUCUUCCCAGAUACAAAAGAGUAAUUACCGCACCUGCAUGGCUGAGAACAUUUUCGUGGAGUGCAUCAUGAGCUAGCAAGACGCGGCAGCAAGUGUCAGCCAAACGCAGGUCCGG